AUGAAAGACCAGCCUGAGAUAUGUGGAGUAUAUAGGAUACAAAAGAAUGUAAAAUACCGUCAUGAAGAGAGAAAGAUGGAAGAGGAAGUUGUGUUGAGCAGAGAACGGGUCAGAGUCUGCUCAGGUGUUUGUGUUGACGAAACUUCUUUGGUUAUUGAAUUUUAUCCCCAGUCUCCCGUAGCUAUGAUCAGAAAAUUCCUACUUGAAGGUCUUAAUCGUUCUCAUGAUAUGUUAGCAUGGUGGCUGGUGUGGGCGUGCCUGGUGGGCGUGACGCGAGCGUUCUGUCCACCUGGUUGCAAUUGUGAUGACAGCGUGCCCAGUGCUCGCUGUGUGGGUGUGGGCAUCAAUGUGGUGCCUAUACUCUUCAACCCGAACCUGCGUCGCCUCAAUUUGGCCCACAACUUAAUCGACUCGAUAGCUCAAGCUCUCGUGUUCUUCGACCAGCUACAAGAGCUUGACCUGUCCCAUAAUGUGUUACCCUCUCUGGGUACAGGUAACCUUGAAGAGCAAGUACAGCUUCUGGAACUGCGUCUUGCCCACAACAACCUCACCGCCUUGUCUCCAGGGGCCUUCAGGGGCCUUAUGUCCCUCCGUUUAUUAGACCUGAGUCAUAAUGGAAUGUCAGAUCUGCCUGCUGGGGUCCUUGCUGACGUGCCACUCCUGACGGCGCUACUGCUGGCCCACAACAAGUUGCAUCUAUUAGCAGAGAACACCUUCCGCGGACUUCGCAAUCUUCAUGUUCUCGACCUGUGUGACAACUACUUCCGGCAUGUGCCGUCCUCGGCGCUGGAGAACCUGAAGAGACUCAAAGCUCUUCACCUGUGCCGUAACCGCCUUACGCGCCUCGAGUCUGACACCUUCACAACAGACACGCUUACUUCCCUUUCAUUAGAAACAAACAACAUCGACUUCAUCGCAGACGCCGCCUUUCAUCACCUCCAGAGACUACAGAAUCUCAACCUCAAUGAUAACCUGCUACGUGAGGUUCCAGUGACCACACUGUCCUCCCUGCACAUGCUUGAUUCACUAAUCCUCAACAAAAACAAUUUCACAUCUAUAGAGGCAGGUGCGUUUCGUAGCCUAAGCCGCUUGGUUGCUCUUGAAAUAUCGCGGUGUCCGCGCUUAGCCUCGAUUCAUCCGGAUGCCUUGAGCCAAUGUGUCAACCUCCAGCGUCUGACUAUUUCUCAUAACCCAUUGAUACGACACCUUCCGGAGAAACUCCUGACUUCCCUCCCUCUAAUCCACACCCUCGACCUCCGUGCCAACAGCCUACAGAGUGUGCCGGAGGCCAGUAUGCCCUGGGGAUCUUUGGUCCGUCUCGACCUCCGUGAUAAUAUGCUAGUAUGCAACUGUUCCAUACGGUGGCUUGCAGCACUACUCAGCGCCUCCAACACCUCUCUUGCUGCCCCAGACAUCCAGUGCCUCACCAGACAAGCUGAAAGGCAUCUACCUUUCCAGGCUGAGCCCGAGUGAACUGCUGUGCGUGGAUCAGGUGCAGGUCGUUGUGGGGAUCGUUGUCGUUACAGUCUCCACCGUCCUGCUCGUCGCUCUCUCCGUCCUCCUCUGCAGGUACCGCCGGAGACACCAGAGGGACAAGCUGGGACGUGGUUGGCCCCCGGGUCCUCUAGCACCUUGGCCUCCCGACGACCACUCCGCCCCAACGAGACACAUUAUGGCCGAUGAAUACGUGUACCACACUUACUCCUCUGUCAGGAAAAUUCCCGUCACGAAAGUAUGAAGUUUACACCUGCUUCAGGAAGAUCCCUGUUCCUAAAGUGAGAAGAUUACUCCACCAAUCAUGCGUCAGGAUGAUCUCCAUCGUAACAAACUGAAAUACCUGUUACCACUUUAAACCUUGGUAUCAAGAAACAAGCGCUCGCUGAUGAAACCUGAGGCGCCUAUAUUCACGAUACUAAUUUGUAUAACAUAUUUACAUCACCGAAGUCUGAGGUCCACGUCAUCUCGCGCCAACAGGAAAAUCCUGUUGAAUCGCCACGUUUGUCCCGCGUCUGGGAGCCCCGUUUUACCCAGGCAACGUAUCUAAUAAUUUAUGAAAAAUAAUAGAUAUCCUUUCUAAAAUUACUACAAGUACACCCAAGGUUGGUGAACAAUAUAUAAACCAAGGGAAAGUGACCGACGAAAGUUUAGCUAAUCAAGACUCGAUUUCGCUUACUGUGUGUGUGUGUAGCGCAUCGGUGUAGUGUCAUCGUCUCCAAUAUGUGUCAUUUUGGGCCGUAUGUUACUAGUGUAAGCCAACGAAUGCUUCCAAAAGUACCAUAAAACCACCAGAGAAGCUGUGAAUGCAUAGCAAGAAUCAAAAAUGUCAGAAAUCUCAGUGUUGAAGGAAAUGUGAACAAGUAGCAUUUAAAUAUUUUGUAGAUUCUUGAAUAUAUAUCAUAUAAGGACUUUUAUCGUUUGAAUAAACAUACAUAUAUAUACAUACAUACAUAUAUACAGCAUAUAACAUAUUUGUGUUCGUCAUUAACUAGUAAGAGUUACUAUAGACCGAGAGGAACCGAGUGAUGUGGACUGUACCUACACUGACAGCAAACGUGUAUUUAAUGUUGGUUGAGAAUGACAAAAUAUAUCAGUAACAUGAGGCUAAAGUAAUAUUCUGUAAACUUACAUGUCCAUGUUGCUGCUAAACUUUGUCCUGGAGUGUCUUUUGGAUAUAGUGCGACCGACGGUGAUCAGCGUGCAGUACCACACACAGCAGGGGGCUGUCAGUCAAGUGUCCACGUCAACAACAACACUUAGGUCCAGUGGAGCUUACGAAAGAAAGAAUAAGUAUUGGGGAGGAGUGAGAAGCCUUCCCAGUACAUAAGAUGAUACGGACAAUACCGUGUCUUGUGUGUACAGUACUCGGGUGUAACUAUCGUCUUGUAGUUAAUUAAAGAAGACAACUGUUACUUUUUAAUUCUGUUUAUCACUAAGUGGAGAACAUCCACAUAUCUUUGUACUGUUGGCAGGUUAUCACUCUCACAGUCAGCAGGCUGUUGUCUACUGGAGUGUAAAAUAAUCUCAAGGCCUUUGUCGGAAAAACAGGGUCUGAUUACGUGGACUUAUACACUUAAUUGGCAACGUUUUUGCCUCUAUAAAAACACUCCUCGCUAGGAAGUAUAUAAACUGUGUAUUGAAAUGUGUCCCACCAAGCUGCUUCUGUACAAGUGAAAGAUGUUUUGAGUAUAGCUGUUGGUAUUUCACUUUUUUUCAUAAAUUAAAUAGUUGUAUAAUUAUUACCUGCUCCAAGACUUCAUGAAACAAAAAAUUCCUCUUUUAAAUCAAACAGCUUUAGAAAAAUUAAAAUUUUCAACAUUUAUUGAAUAAAAAGUGUUUGUGAUGCAAAUUAAAAUAAAUGUUUAAACUAAUUUUCUUGUUCUAAUAUUUUUUCUGUGAUACUUAAGAAAAUGCACAGACUAUAUUAAAUUUAUAUGAAAAAAAUCAUUGUAAUUUCUGCCCCUGCAAACAAAUCAAAUUAUAAUUUAAAAAAAAAUUCUGAACAAUUAAAUCAGUUUAUAAAACAAAAAUAAUGUCACUCCUUUAACACUUUACUAAAGACUUCUCGAAAUAUUUCCUGAUAUCGAUAAACAGAAAAUGCAGAGUUCACCUUAUCUUGCUAGUACACACAGCCAAGUUGCCUUGACAGUUUAAUCUCCUGUACUAAGGCAUGCGCACCUAAUAUAUAUAUAUAUAUAU